AUGGCGAUCUACAAAAAAAUCAUAUUGUUUUUUGGACUUCUGGCAUCGUUCUGUUUCAUCUUGCCUUUAUCUUUCGAAUGGAACACGUCUCGCAUAAAGGAAGAAAGGCUCCGUCAGCUGCAGAAUUUUAGAAAGCAGCUGCAACAAGAACAAUGUCGAAGAUACAAGCAGGAGAAUUUUAAGGGUCCUCGGAGCUGGGAAGACUUAAGUCCUUCAGCAUUUAAGAACUUCAUUGUGGAUGAAAAACAUGGCGUUAUCUACUGUUACAUUCCCAAGGUGGCAUGUACCAACUGGAAAAGAGUUAUGUUUGUCCUGAACCAAAGUGAGCCAUAUCCUGACCCUCUUUCAAUAGAUUCUGAGUUCAUUCAUGAAAAAGUCAAAUUUACUCACCUGAGUGACUUUUCAAAAAUGGAAAUAAAGGUGAAGCUAAGUCAAUACACCAAGUUCCUGUUUGUUCGAGACCCAUUUAUCCGUCUCAUCUCUGCUUACCGAGACAAGUUCCUUGGAGAAGAUCCAUCUUUCUAUGGUUAUGUUAAAACCGUCAUGCGUCUAUACAACAAGCAGUCGUAUAUGCCAUUUAAUGUGAAGCUCGCACAUAAGUUGGGCGUUCGUCCCUCAUUCUACAACUUCAUUCAGUAUUUAGUGGACCCACAAACAGAGAAGAAGGAACCCUAUGAGCCUCACUGGAGGCAGAUGUACCGCCUGUGUCACCCCUGUCUCAUAGAGUAUGAUUUUAUUGGUAAUCAGGAAACUCUUAAGGAUGACGCCCAAAUGUUGCUGAAGAUGCUAAAACUGGAGGACAGCAUUAAUUUUCCACCAGUUUAUGAAAACACAACCACUCCUGAUUCUGUACUGAGCUGGUUCAGGACGGUGUCUGUGGAGGACAGGAGGAGGCUGUAUGAGCUUUAUGAACAAGACUUUAGACUUUUUGGCUACAGAAGGCCAAGUGAACUACUUGAUGAUUGA